CAACUCCACUAAAAGAUGCAGCUUCAUUUCGCUAAAGAUGUUUUACCGGACUCUGUUGGUACAGAUUUCCAGAACCUGAACAAAUUCAACGAGCAGGUUUUUUUUUUCUCAGGAGCUCUAAAGAAAAACCUGACGACCGAACAAGUCAAAGAAGACCUGCUUACAUUGGGGCUAAAUGAGGAGAAAGCUGCACACUUUUCAUUACAGUGGGGGGAGCACUAUGCUGCGCUGUCCAGGCUCGCUGUUGGACAGACUCUGAUGGUCAACAAGCUGCUGGACAUGGAGUGGAAGUUUGGAGUGACUGUUGGCACCAGUGAAAUUCAAAAAGUGGGAAACGUUUUUCUACAGUUGAAGCUGGUGGUGAGAAAGGGGAAUUCCACUGAAAAUGUUUACAUGGAACUGACGCUGCCUCAAUUUUACAACUUCCUGCAUGAGAUGGAGAGAGCAAAGGCCAGCAUGGAAUGCUUUUCCUGAAUGCAUGUUUAUGUGCGUGUGUGUAUGUAUGAAUUUGAGAAACUGCCAAACGUUUUUACUUGAUGUGCAAAUAAACACAAUUUAA